CUGGAUUAACAACUAAAACUGGCGGCUAAGUCCAACUACAUAUAUAAAUGUUGAGUCACACUAACUAUAUCGGUGAAAGAAAUCAAAAGAAAGAUGAUAUCGAGUGAGGAGCCGCCAUCUUGUUCCAAAUGCUUGGUGGUGUUAUUCAUUUUCUUUAUUGCUUGCACCAAAUAUUGCAAUGCUCAGACUCCGACAGCUACCACCGACCCAUCUGAAGUGAGGGCAUUGAAUGCAAUAUUCCAACAAUGGGAAACUCAAGCGCCAGACGGUUGGAACAUCAGCGGAGAGCCAUGCAGCGGAGUUGCUCUCAGUCAAAGCGAUUCAGUGUUUGAAGACUCUGCUAAUAAUCCAUCUAUCAGAUGUGACUGUUCCUUCGAAAAUUCCACCCUCUGCCACAUUACUAGACUGAGGGUAUUUUCUCUGGAGAAACGAGGAAGGAUACCUGAAGAGCUUUUAGCUUUUAGAUAUCUCAACUUCUUGAAGAUUGAUCAAAACUUCUUUACAGGUCCCUUGCCAGCAUUUAUUGGAAAUAUGUCUAGACUAGGAUUACUGUCAGUUGCCCAGAAUUCAUUAUCUGGACCCAUCCCAAAGGAGAUUGGAAAUCUCAAGGAGCUCUAUCUGCUGUCUCUUGGUAUUAAUAAUUUCUCAGGAACAAUCCCACCAGUGUUGGGUAAUCUAGUUGAGCUUCAACAACUUUACAUUAACAGUUGUGGAUUGACCGGUGAAAUCCCCUCAACAUUUGCAAACCUUCAAAAUUUGCAAAUUGUGGGGGCAUCUGACAACGCUUUCACAGGCAAAAUACCUGAAUUUAUUGGAAGUAACUGGACAAAGCUUGCAUCAUUGAGACUUGAAGGGAACUCUUUUGAAGGGCCUAUACCAUCUAACAUUGGGAACUUAACCUCUCUUACCAUUUUGCGAAUUACCGGUAUAUACAACGGGAGCUCUUCGCUUGAUUUCGUUAGAAAUUUAAAGAACAUAUCAGACUUAGUUCUAAGAAACGUUUUACUCACUGGUAGCAUUCCCUCUGACAUCUCAGAUUUCCAAUCUUUACAAAAGCUGGAUUUGAGUUUUAACAACUUAACAGGACAAAUUCCAAGUAAAUUGUUCAAUAUGAAAUCUCUUACAUACUUGUUUCUUGGAAAUAAUAGUCUGUCAGGUACCCUUCCUAGCCAAAAGAGCGAAAUUCUUAAGAGUAUAGAUGUGUCUUACAAUCAGCUAUCGGGAAAUUUGCCCCCAUGGAUAGAUUCAAGCUUACAACUGAAUGUAGUGGCCAACAACUUCACACUCAAUAGCUCAGACAUAAGACUUUUACCAGGAUUGCAGUGCCUUCAAAGAGGCUUCCCAUGCAAUAGAAAUUCUCCACGAUAUGCAAACUUUGCAAUCAAGUGUGGCGGUCCGCAGAUGACUGCUGAUGGCAUAGUGUUUGAGGCUGAGAAUAAUUCUUUGGGCGCAGCAACAUUUAAUGUAACAAAUACUCAAAAAUGGGCAGUUAGCAAUGUAGGAUUGUAUGAAGACAGGGAGAAUCCACUGUAUGUGCAAAACACAAAUGCACAAGUGAAAGGCACCAACACUCCUGCGCUUUAUCUUACUUCAAGGAUAUCCCCUGUAUCCCUCAGAUACUAUGGCUUAGGCCUUGAGAAUGGGCCUUAUACAAUAAACUUGUUCUUUGCGGAAACAGCUUAUCCAGAUAGAAGCACUCAGUCGUGGAAAAGUUUAGGAAGACGCGUUUUUGAUAUUUAUAUUCAGGGGGGUCUUCAAGUUAAAGAUUUCGAUAUAUCAAAGGAGGCAGGUGGGGCUGAGAAAGCAAUUACUAGGAGAUUCAUUUCUAAUGUGACAGAUAAUCAUCUUGAAAUUCACUUGCUUUGGACUGGUAAGGGGACCUGCUGUGUACCAGAACUAGGUUAUUAUGGUCCAUCCAUUUCAGCUAUUAGUGUGGUCCCAAAUUUCAAACCAACUGUUAGUGGGUUACCACCAGGCAAUUCUAAGAGGAAAACAGCACUGAUUGUUGGUAUUGCAGUUCCUGUUGGAGCUGUUUCUUUGAUGCUGAUAUAUGUAGUUAUUCACUUUAAGAAAAGAAAAGAAUACGAUGAUGAGGAAGUGCUUCUUGCAAUUGGUCCUAGACCAAACACAUUUAGCUAUGCUGAGAUGAAAGCUGCAACAGAAGACUUCAGUCCUUCAAACAAGUUAGGAGAAGGGGGUUAUGGAGCUGUCUACAAGGGUACAUUAUCAGAUGGGAGGGUGGUAGCUGUGAAGCAACUUUCAGUAGCAUCUCACCAAGGAAAGAGUCAAUUUAUUGCGGAAGUAGCCACCAUAUCAGCAGUGCAACAUCGCAAUCUUGUCAAACUACAUGGAUGCUGCAUUGAAGGGAAAAGGCAUCUUCUUGUUUACGAGUAUCUUGAAAAUAAAAGCCUUGAUAAGGCACUCUUUGGAUGCAGUGACUUGCAUAUCGAUUGGCCGACCCGCUACAAUAUCUGUUUAGCAACUGCAAGAGGGUUAGCUUAUCUUCAUGAGGAAUCUAGGCCAAGGAUUGUACAUAGAGAUGUUAAGGCAAGUAAUAUUCUCCUUGAUGCAGAAUUGUGCCCCAAAAUAUCUGAUUUUGGAUUGGCAAAGCUAUAUGAUGACAAGAAAACGCAUAUCAGCACUCGGGUUGCCGGAACCAUUGGCUACCUGGCACCGGAGUAUGCAAUGCGUGGGCAUCUCACUGAGAAAGCUGAUAUUUUUGGAUUUGGUAUUGUUGCUUUGGAGAUUCUUAGUGGUAGACCAAACUCUGAUAAUAGCUUGGAGGAUGAUAAAAUCUAUCUUCUUGAAUGGGCAUGGGCUCUACAUGAAAAUAACCAAAGCCUGGAUCUAGUUGAUCCGAAUUUAGUUGAGUUUGACGAAAAUGAAGCUCUCCGACUAGUCGGGGUUGCCCUUUUGUGCACUCAGGGAUCACCGUCGAUGCGGCCACCCAUGUCCCGUGUUGUGGCUAUGCUUGCCGGGGAUAUUGAAGUGAGUGGUGUUAUAACAAGACCAAGCUAUCUUACUGACUGGGAUUUUAGGGAUUUAACAAGCAGUUUUGUGACUGAAAGCAUACAAGCAUCGACUGCAUCCGAGGAUAAUGACAACCAUAACCAGAACAGGAUUAGCCCAGGCCCAGGGGCGGCACCAAUUCUAUCUCCAGUAAAUGUCAGUGACAUUCCUGAAGAAAGAUAAGAGGAUUAUGUAUUUGCAUGUGUCUUAUUAAGACAGAAAUUUGCUACGUUUUGUAGUUAAAAAUAAAUCAUAGACUUCUACAUACAUAUGGAUUAUAGAGUGAAAGCUGUAAAUGGCAAAGUCAUUUGGAUGCGUUUGCAAGAAUAAAUGAAAUUUGUCAAUGGCGCAUGACCUUGUUAGA